CCACCAUUCACAUUCAUGCAAACCCAAAACUCAAAAGCCAAAUAACAACAAAACAGGCCUCCCUCAGCUCUUCAUUACAACAAUCCUUGAGUUAUGCCCUUCAUCUACGUUAUCUUUAUUAUUGCACAUUGUGUUCAUACUAACAGCAAUGGUUUGAAUUUUAAUCACAUUCUGUUUCUUGUCAAUCUUUGUGGUUUGUAUGUAGUUGAAAAAACAGAUGGCUUGCAGUGCAGUGGAAAGCGGUACAUUUUUUUCGACUCCCAAUUUUAAUUAUCAAUAUCCACUUAAAACUAGCAAGCGUCACAUUUUCUCAGUAGCAAUUAAACCAAAAGCCCAAAGCUCUGCUAGAAUUAGCACUGCAAAGUUUGGUAGGGGUACAACAACACCCACAAGCCAAUUCAGUGCUAUAUUUAGUAGAACUACAAGAACACCCACAUGGCAAUUCAAUUCCAUAAAUGGUAGAAGUACAAGAGAAGCGCCCACAAGGAAACACACUUUCAAAGUUGAUAGGUUCGCAAGAGCGCCCACAAGGCAAUUUCGUUUGGUGAGGUGUGGAAUUGAAGACUUUGUUGGAGGGGACCUUUUGGGGUUUGAUUUGGGUAAUUGGUAUGAGGAUGUGGAGAAAUACAAGGCAAUUGCAAUUUAUCCUCCUCAUGAGGGUGGUUAUUCAGGGAGAUAUGCAACCAAGUUGAGGUAUGAAGGCUACCACUUACUCAAUCUCACUGCAAGAGGCCUUGGAGAUUUAGAGACCUACCUCACCAAAGUCCAUGCAGUUAGGCCUGCCCAUCUAGGGAAGCAACCAAUUGCACGUUUCAACAUGCCACCAGAGAUUGAUUAUAGACUCUCUUUACUUCCACCAAAAAGCAAGGGUUUGGUGCUAUGGUUAAUUGAAGCUAAGGUCCUCUCAAAAACAGAGCUACAAUUUUUGGCAUUGCUACCAACAUUACGACCCAAAGUUAGAGUGAUUGCACAAUGUGGAAACUGGCGCAAAUUUAAGUGGAAACCAUUAAGAGAGAUCAUAGACCUUCCUUCUCAGGAAAAGUUGCUUAAAGUUGAUAGCUAGAAGUGUCACUCUCUUUGUUGCCCAUAAUCAAAGGAAGUGGUGUAGGUUUAUGGGUGAUUGUUGUCCACUAUAGUUGUAUUGCCUCCUUGAUGUAUUUGUUUGUGUUGGCUGUUCUAAUUACAGCAUCUCAUAUGAUAAAACAGUCGUUUAUGAUCAUUUAUGGAAUAUUGUAAUUUGGUUCUUAUACCAGUUUGUUGUGUAUAAGUUCAAUGUACGUAUUAUUUGCAGGCAUCCAUAACAUCUCUUCUUCACUUCAUUUCAUGGAUGAUAAUUAUUGUCCACCAUAGUUGUAUUGUCUCGCUGAUAUAUUUGUUUUGUUGGCUAGUCUAAUUACAGCAUUUUGUACAACAAAACACUUACUUAUGAUCAAGUUGCACCAUUUCUUCCUCAC